GGCGGCUCAGGCUCCGAGCUCGACGCCGCAGACAUCUUCAACUCCGUCGUCAACGCUCAGCACAAGUUUCACGCGGCGGCUUUCUUGUGGAUUAGGACUCGGCUGGUACAGCUACUGCAGACUCUGAUCAUCGAGCUCGCGCUGGAGCAUCGAGACGAAGACUGCAAAUAACUUCUGUGCUCCCGCAAGAUAUUGGCUGUUCAACACUCCUAGUUUCUGAUCUGUCCCAUCUCUCAAGAUGACGACCGAACGAGCUCUUCCUAUUCCACCCGUGCAGUCACCGUCACCGUCCAAGUUUUCCUUCCCCUCCCCAAGCAAGCCGGAUCCGAAUCUCAAGCCCAACCCUCAUCCGUAUGCAGUAAAGACUACAACCAGCGCACUGCUGUCACGCUCGAAUUCAUCCGGUCACAACGAGGCAACUCGCCACUACUACGUUCCUCUCUCCCCUAACGCGAGCCGGAGUCCAGAGAGCGCGAAGAACCACAAGGUGUCCAAGUCGCUCAACGCCGUUCCAGAGUCGCCGGAUCGCUCGCCUCGUCCGCUCCCCGUGCCGCCCGGGUCUAGCUCCGCCAAUACGUCCCCGGUCCACAGUGCCGACCCGAGCUUGUCUGGCUAUGAAGCGGACACAUCAUUCCCUCGCCGCACCAAGCGUGCUGAUACCCUGCCUACGUUCCCAUCCAACGCGUCGUCUCUCGAGGUGCUCGCUAUUCCCGAAGAUCUCCCUCCGAACCCGAAGCUAUGGACGCCGUCACAGUUAUCUACGUAUCUCACUACCGCUCUGCGCGUAACAUCUCAGGCGAAGGCUGGUCAGCAAGGUGCUGUACCAUUGCCCACUCGCGUUGCGAAGGACAUCGCAACCUUCACCCGAUCCAGGAUGAUCAGCGGAAGGAUGUUCCUUCGCCUGACUGAAGCUGAUCUUGAGAGUAUGGGUAUGAACAAGAAAUGGCGCGAGCUGUUGUUGGCCACCUCCCAAGAGCUCCGGCAGAAUGUUUUGAAGGGUCGGAUUUGGGGCCCGGAGGUCUCCCCCAACCCUUCCCCAGGCUCUACCUCUCCUCUCCCAAACAUGUUCUCCAACGCUUUCUACAACUCCAACUCGUCUACCAGCUCCCUCGAGCUUUCCGCAGACGAGGGUGCACAAGCAGCUCGGCCCUUGCCAGAACGCCCGAGGCGCUCGAGGAAUGGGAGGGUGCGAGGCAUGGUACAAUCGUUCGAGCGCAGCGGAAGCUUUAGCUCCGAGGCUAGUUUUGAUGGGGAUCUGGAGGAUGGAGAGGACGAGCGGGCGAAACUCGGGCAGUGGCUUCGUGAGGAGGGAGGGUCCUCCAUCGAUGAACAGCCAUUCAAGAGCCCUAGUCCUACACGGCGCCCACUCCCAGACCCGUUCGCACCGGCACCCCAGAGAGCAACUACGUCAACCCCACCUCCGCAGGCGCCUGCGAUCAACGAGGAACCGUCCAUGGAAGAGCUCCUCGCGGCUGAGCCUGGCGAAUCUGCCUCGGCCUGGGGCGCGCGUGCGUGGGAGGAGAUGGAUAACCUCCCGGGAGUGACGGUCAAGCGCAUGAAUGGCGUGCCGCACCCUCUUCCACCCUUGCCAUCCGACGCCGAGGUGCACAGAACGGUUGUGGGCCAUGGGCGAGACGCGAGCAGCGGCCGGCGGAAGGAGAGGGAUGAACGAAGAGUCGUCACUGCCAUUUUCACGCCCUCUGUUCCAGCAGAUGAGGUGCUGGUCGUGGAGCCACCUACGGAGGAACUCAAGGCGGAGGUCGAGCCGUACGAAGCUGCGGUACAGACGGACGAGCAUGCUGCGGCUGAUGCGACCGCGCCGGACGCAGAGGCGCGGCGUCUCUCGGAGGGUGUCGCAGCGACACGAGCACUCGUGGAUGUCUUCCGAAAACGUCUAGAAGACGUGGAGGCCAAGGUCGCUGAGUUGGAGCGGCUAGAGGUGGAGCGUGAAGAGCGCGAACGACAGCUCGCUGCUGAGCGAGCAGCGCAAGAAGCUGUGGAAGUCCUCGUCUCGCCUGGAGUCGAAGCUGACCGCAAGGCGUCGAGCGCGGAAGACCCUGCAUCCUCGACUCUGCUCGGCCGCACAACUUCGAUGCUUCCGGCCGCGCUACAACACUUGGACCUGACUGGUAGCUUCACGGGUGCCAACGGACGUACGAACGAGGACGACGGGGAACCGUCGAGGCUAUCCGAGCUACCGUCUUACGUAUUGCUUGUCGGCUUCGGGGUCUGCGCAGUCGUCCUUCGGGUGGUACUAAGACGUGUCGCUGGAAGGAACGCCAUAGCUGCAUGGAAAACCUAGCGGCUCGGACGUCCACCGACUCAGAAGUGUACUUAUAUUGCUAUGCUUUUCUUGGACUUCGCCUCCAUGAUCUGCCUGCACCGUCGCAUGCUGCUCACGACCUCUUAUGCCCUGCACGGGUUCGCACCCAAUGAUCUCCCUAGCAAUGUAAUUCUUUCUACCGCCUGCGUUCUCGCCAAGACCGUGCGUAUCUCAUCCCCAUCCCCAUGUCAAUAGCGAUACUAAAUAUGAGUACACCGAUCGCGAGCCUUCGCGAGCAUCCAGCCGAUCAUGACAUUUGCAGUGUGGCACAACGCUGACAGUUCGCAUCAUGUUUUGCUGGACCGCAGUAUAGCAGUGGCGUCGAGGUGGA